UGCGAAGCGUGGGCAGCGUCGCUGGCCAGCCCUGGAGGCGUCCCGCGUGCCCAUCUUCGGUAGCGUCGCGCAUCGCACCGCGGACGUUAUAUCUGGCGUCGCGACGCCCUCGGGCCUCAGCCGCACCUCAGCCGCCCGUCAAUUCACAACCCACCCCACGAGAAACUAAAGCAGCAGCAAAAUGUGUGACGACGAAGUAGCCGCUCUUGUGGUAGACAAUGGCUCCGGCAUGUGCAAAGCCGGUUUUGCCGGAGACGAUGCACCGCGCGCUGUCUUCCCCUCGAUCGUUGGUCGACCUCGUCAUCAGGGUGUCAUGGUCGGUAUGGGUCAAAAGGAUAGCUACGUAGGCGACGAGGCUCAGAGCAAACGAGGUAUCCUGACUUUGAAAUAUCCGAUCGAGCACGGUAUCAUCACUAAUUGGGAUGACAUGGAGAAGAUCUGGCAUCAUACCUUCUACAACGAAUUGCGUGUCGCUCCCGAGGAACACCCAGUCCUCCUUACCGAAGCACCACUGAACCCGAAAGCUAACCGCGAAAAGAUGACACAGAUUAUGUUCGAAACCUUUAACAGCCCAGCUAUGUACGUCGCUAUUCAGGCCGUCCUCUCUCUGUAUGCUUCCGGUCGUACUACCGGUAUUGUUUUGGACUCCGGCGACGGUGUUUCUCAUACCGUGCCCAUCUACGAAGGUUACGCUCUUCCCCAUGCCAUCCUCCGUUUGGACUUGGCCGGACGCGAUCUUACCGAUUACCUCAUGAAAAUCCUCACCGAGAGAGGUUACAGCUUCACUACUACGGCCGAGCGAGAAAUUGUCCGCGACAUCAAGGAAAAACUUUGCUAUGUCGCCCUGGACUUUGAACAGGAAAUGGCCACUGCUGCCGCCAGCACUUCUCUCGAAAAGAGCUACGAAUUGCCUGAUGGUCAAGUCAUCACCAUCGGUAACGAGAGGUUCCGUACACCCGAGGCUCUAUUCCAGCCUUCCUUCCUGGGUAUGGAAUCUUGCGGUAUCCAUGAGACUGUCUACAACUCCAUCAUGAAGUGUGACGUCGACAUCCGUAAGGAUCUUUAUGCCAACAACGUUCUUUCUGGUGGUACCACCAUGUAUCCUGGUAUCGCUGAUCGUAUGCAAAAGGAAAUCACCGCUCUCGCGCCUUCUACCAUCAAAAUUAAGAUCAUCGCUCCACCCGAGAGGAAAUACUCCGUAUGGAUCGGCGGUUCUAUCUUGGCCUCUUUGUCCACCUUCCAGCAGAUGUGGAUCUCCAAGCAAGAGUACGAUGAGUCCGGCCCUGGUAUUGUCCACCGCAAAUGUUUCUAAGCGCGUCGUUACACGAUCAUUGACAUAACGAUGCAAUCUUUGUCGAAAGAAUAUCGUCCUACUUCAGGAAGAACGCGUAACUAGCAGGACAUUCUGCCCCAAGCAAUCAAGCUGCUACAAGAAAUAUCAUCAUCGACUUUCAAUCAUUAUGGGAUCUCAUCAAAUUGUCAUCAUCACGCCUCGCUCAUUGUUAUGCAAAUAAUAACGGCCUGGCUGAUUAUCUUUAUCGCCUCAGUCUUUCGUAAAACUGCGCGCGACAUCAUUACUCACUUGGCAUUAUCAUCAUGGCCGAGGUAACGGUCGAUGAUAUUGACUCUCGUCACAGGAUUUUGCUCGUUGUAGCCUGGACGUAGUCAAGCAUCGGAAAGCCUUGAAGGGAUACGUAGAGGAGAGACCAGGUGCAUCUUUCUAUCGCGAAAGGAACAUUCUGGACAGAAGUGUAAGGGCAUGUAAGGAUAUCAAGGAUCUUGAUGACAACGUUGUGCUUGGCAACGAAUUUCGAGACUACUUCGGGAAGGUCGCGCUGUAUUCACUGUCGCGCGAGCGUCCUUCAUCAUCGUCCAAGAAAUCUAUCUCUCAAUACGUAUUACAUAUAAUUGUCCAGUCUGCUAACUAAAGCAAUUAAGCUCUACUGAUGUGUACUUCUAUACUUUAACUUAUUUUGUAAAUAUUAUACUAUAUUAUUAUAAAUAUUGUUAUAUACGAUGUCAAAGUCAAGUCAAAUAUACAUUAUGUCACACCACA